AUGGACGCUCUUGAAAGCUCUCUGAUAACUGGGCAAUGGGAUUCCAAGUUCAACAUAGAGCUAGAGUCGUGUCCUGCAACUGCCAAGCUCGCAAAGGACGUCAUCGAUGGUAAAUUCCGGGAAGUGCUAACUUCACCUUACGCCCAAAGUUUGUUUAGGGCAUCUGGGCUGCAGGACAAAAGCUAUGAAGAACAUUUUUCGUGGCAAUUACCAUCUGUGACAGAUGAGGCAGAAAAAGAGUUUAUCCAGGUCAUUCUGGCUGUCGCAUGUUUACAUGCUUUCGUCCAGGCCAACUGGACGGGUCCGGAUCUCAAUAUCAAACCUUCGGAAGUGAUCGUUGACGUGAUGAACCCAACUUUGAUUUCUGAUGAGGUCCUCGAUAUGAAGGCGGUGACCGAGCUAGCUUACGGCGGCGAGCCUGCUUACCACCUCGCACAACACGCGACUUUCUUUCGUCUUGCCCAACUCAUUUUCGCCUUGCCGUAUCAUCACUGCAUAUCUGUUCCCUGGUGGCGGUUACGUACAACAAUUAUUCACGAACAGUUAUUGGACGAGGCAGUGCCCCUUCCAACGGACGCUCUUGAUUCCCUGGAGUCUUUGUUGAAGACCCUGAUGGGAGAUACGGGAGAUCGCGAUCUCGCUGGCCGUCUGCAGCUAGAGCAGGGUCGACUUGAACAUAUUUUUUGCCACGACAAGGUUGCUUCCGAACGAUUUGUUCGAGCGGCCCGUGCUACGGGGUUGCAGUAUGAACUCAGCGGAGCGCUCGGGAGACGAACAAAGUUUCAGCAAAGUGAUCUAAGCCAAUUGGUGUUACUCGCGGAGAGCCGGAAAAGGAAUGACUCCCCCGCCGAGGACGUACUCAACGAUCACGCCGAUCAGUCACGUACGCCUGUUAUCGGGUCCAUCAUAACAGAUCCAAAUCUUCCAGUUACCUUGGAAUUGAAUGACGACACACUUCUGGAGCAAACUGUAUUCACAUCUUCUGCUCCGUCGUCCACGACCAGUCAGCUGAACCAUCUGGAUCCUGUUUCACAACCCCCUUUACACCCACUCGACCAGUGUAUUCUUCUAUCCCUUUGCCUCAAUGUACGGAAUACGUCCCCUUCACACGGUCUCACAAGCGAACAGAUGUCCCCUUACGUCGCCCGUGUCAUAUCGCAUCCCAAGAACUGGUCAGUCCACACUAUGGCUCUACUUUUGCGGUCCCGCCUCGAAUCUACACGCACACGAACUGUUGAGCGCUCAGUACUCCAGCUCCAAGCCCUCGUAGACCAGAUGCCGACCGCUGAUUCCGCCUUGGCGGAGCGGCUGCUUUACUUCCAUUCAAUACCGCUUCCAAGCAAGUGGGAGAUGGAACGUGAGCUGGCAUUACGUUUCCUCACUCUCGGGGUGGUAAAAUCGGCCCUAGAGAUAUUUGAACGCCUUGAGAUGUGGGAGGAGGUCGUGAAGUGCUGGCAGUCUAUGGAGAGGACUGACAGAGCGGUUGCUAUUGUCCGUGACUUACUCGAGGGCCGCAAAGAGGAAGCAGAGAAUGUGAUUUCGCGGGGCAAAGAUUUAGCAUCGCCGCGGCGCGGCAAACUAGAUUCAACACGACAGGCGAAGUUGUGGUGUCUUUUAGGAGAUCUGGAGCCAGAUGACGCAGUGAAGCAUUAUGAGCACGCGUGGGCGCUGUCAAAGGAGACUUCCGGUCGUGCCAUGCGGUCUCUUGGGGGCUACUACUUUGCACGGGGGGAAUAUGAGAAGACUAUUUCCUGCCUGCAGCGUGCGGUGAAGAUCAACCCGCUAUUGUCCCGCUCUUGGUUUAUCUUGGGUUGUGCCUUUAUUCGCCUCGAGAACUGGGAGGGUGCCCGAGAUUCAUUUAGUCGAUGUGUUUCAAUUGACGAUGAAGAUGGAGAGAGCUGGAAUAAUCUGGCUAGUAUGUACCUCCGUUUGGACUCCUCUCAGAAUAUCUCCGAAUCGCACGUGAAUGAGGAUGAUCAGCCUAGCAAGGCCAAAUCUUUUUCAAACAGGAUGCUGGCAUUCCGUGCUUUGAAACAGGGCUUGAAAUACAGCUACGACAAUUGGCGCAUGUGGUCGAAUUACAUGAUUAUCGCCAUGGACGUCGGGGAGCUAUCAGAGGCGUGUCGUGCACUAACGCGUGUCGUUGAAGAACGGAGUGCAAAAAUUGGUGCAGAAUGCGUUGAUGAAGAAGUACUUGAGCGCCUGGUCAAUGCCGUUACUAGGGUGCCAGCUGAUCGAGCUGAGGACAGUGAUAGGGGCCGUGAUGCUGUAACCAAUCCCAAUGAAGGUCACGGGCUCCUCAGGAGGGUGCAGGAACUUUUCGACCGAACGAUUCUUCCACGUGUAUCUUCUCCUCGCAUCUUCCGCGCCUAUGCACGUCUUCUGACCUGGAAAUCACGGUGGGAAGAUGCGUUGAAAGCUCACUUGGAUGGGUAUCGCUGCGGCGUGGCCGGAACGUUUCAGAAGGGAGAGACGGAUGUUGAAAAGUGGCGCGAAGCCAUAAAUGAAGUCGAGGACGUCAUGGACGUUUUAAGAAAUUUUGGACCGCGGGUGCAAGGCAUUAAUUGGAGACAUCAGGGUCGCAGUAUCGUCCGGACGUUUAUGGGACGCUCGAAGGACUUCGAAGAUGAGGCAGAAUGGUCACGCCUGGUAGAGUUGCAAAACGAGCUGCGUACUGAAGAGUAG